UACAGAGUCAGUGUUACAGGGGAGGGAGGUGUGGCUCAAGUGCUCCCUAGGCUCCUACUUUUCUGCCUCACAUUUCUGCCUCACAUUUCUGCUUCACAUUAAUACACUUAAUUCAUACGCGCACGGUCCGCGCCUGUGCUGUUUAUACUUCUUAUUUUGUAAAUAACAUCUAGCACAAUUGACUGUGAACGACAACUUGAAGAUAUUUUUGCUUCAAUUAUAUCUACAUGCAACUUUUGAGAUCACUGAGGCCAUGGGAAAAAUAAAAGGACUGCUGCCUCUCUUUAUUUUAGCAUCAUGUUUCCUUGUGAGCAGUGCACAGAAAACAGUAUGCACACAGGAAGCAUUAGCUGAUAUUGUCUUCCUGGUGGAUGGGUCUUGGAGUAUUGGCACAGAAAACUUCCAGAAGAUCCGUGACUUUCUUCUCACUUUGUUGAACAGUUUCGAUGUGAGCCCUAACAAGGUUCAAAUCGGCUUGGUGCAGUACAGCAAUUCACCACAUAGUGAAUUCUACUUUAACAGCUUUGAAACCAAGCAAAAGAUUCUUGACUACAUCACAAAUUUCCCAUACCGAGGAGGUGGCACCAAGACUGGAUUAGGUUUAAACUUCUUGCUAAAGCAGCACUUUGUGAAAGAAGCAGGAAGUCGUGCUAAAGAUGGGGUGCCUCAAAUUGCAGUGGUUAUCACAGAUGGACAGUCACAAGACAAUGUGGAACCGCAUGCGCAGGACCUGAAACACCAGGGAAUCAUACUUUAUGCCAUUGGUAUUAAAGAUGCUGAUAUGGAGCAGCUGAAGGAAAUUGCCACUAAGCCACAUGACCAACACAUCUACAGUGUGUCUGAUUUCACAGCUUUGCAAGGAAUCUCCCAGAGUUUCAUCCAGGUGCUUUGUACAACAGUAGAGGAAGCCAAACGUCUAGUGUCUCAGGUACCACAAGGGUGCAAGGCUAAUUUGGCUGACAUUGUGUUCCUUGUGGAUAGCUCUGGUAGCAUUGGUGAUGCAGACUUCCUGAGGGUGAAGCAGUUCCUGCACACCUUCAUAGAGGGUCUUGAUAUUAAGCCUAAUAAAUUUAGAGUAGGAGUGGCACAGUUUAGUAAUGAUCCUCAGCAAGAAUUCCUGUUGGCGGCGUAUACAGGCAAGAAUGACCUGCUGGAGAAGGUAGACAAACUCACCUACCUAAAAGGAGGCACUGAAACCGGAAAAGCUCUCAGCUUUAUUCUAAAUAAUUACUUCACAAAAGCAGCUGGCAGUCGGAUCGAUCAAAAUGUGCCGCAGAUUGCUGUGGUGAUCACAGACGGUGGUUCCACUGAUGAGAUGAAGAUUCCAGCCAUGGAGCUACGGAGAAAGGGGGUGUUAAUCUUCGCCAUUGGGGUUGGUGCAGCCAGCAUUACAGACCUGCAGUCCAUUGCUAACAAACCAUAUCAGCGUUUUGUACUGAGUUUCAUUGACUACGAGGAGCUGCUGAAAGCAACCACCAGCGCAGUAGACAAAGUAUGUAUUUCUGUGGAGGCCCAGCAGCAAGCUCUAGCUCCAAAGUUUGCAGAUGUGUUUGUGUUGGUUGACAGCUCAAUUGAACAGACCCAAAAGGUCAUCCAGUUGCUAACUCGCCUAACCAAUCAACUUAAUUUGGGGAGUACACCCAAUCAGAUGGCUUUGGCACAGUUUGGUGAAGAGAUUUCAGUGGAAUUUCGUUUUGAUGCUUACAAAACUAAAACUGAAGCACUUGCACUUAUCCACAAAUUCAAACCCAGAGGUACUGGGCAGCGCAAACUUGGAAAGGCGAUGGAUUAUGUGCGAACUCAUCUCCUCAAUACUGAAGCAGGCAGCCGAAUUGCUCAGGGCAAUAAGCAGUACCUGUUGGUGAUAAGCAAAGGAGAAUCAGAUGACAAUAUACUUAGAGCAGUACGUGCAUUAAAGAAUGAGGAAGUGACUCUUGUCAAUUUUGACUUCAGCAAAGAACUAACAGAACACACCCUAGAGUUUUCACCUGCUGCACCUGGAACAUUUGGUCCACGUGGUGUUCCUCCACAGAGCAUACCUGGCUCACAGGGUGUUCCUUUUGUCUACGGUGCAAAAAACAAAAAUGCCUUAGAAAUAUCACAAGAUGUGAAGACUCUCAUGGAAACUAAGGAAACGGUCAAAGUAACUGGAGACUGCAAGUCAGCUCCAUUGGCUGAUAUAGUGUUUAUUGUGGAUGUGUCGGACAGCAUCACUGUUUCAAACUUCAGGCUGGUCCGUGACUUUCUCCACCGCAUGAUUAAUGGAUUGCAGAUUGAUGGCUCAGACAGCGUGCGGGUGGGAAUGGUGCUGUACAGUGACACACCCACAGAUGAAUUCUAUCUAAACACUUUUGAUGACAAAGAAGAGAUCCUGCAGUACAUUAAACUUUUGCCCUUUAGGGGUGGAAAAUCUAGUACUAGCAAGGCCCUUAAGUUUGCAAGAGAGAAACUCUUCACCAAGGAGACAGGCAGCCGACAUGCCUUAGGAGUGCAGCAGAUUGCUGUGGUCAUAACAGAGGGGGACUCAUUGGAUAAUGUCACAUAUCAGGCUAUGCAGCUAAGGCGCAGUGGAGUCCAGGUCUAUGCCUUGGGAGUUACGAAAGAUAAUGUGGAACAGCUGAAAGAAAUUGCAUCUUAUCCUUCCAGUAGGUUUGUGUUCAGUGUGGAGAGCUUUGCUAAGCUUAAUACAAUGGAAAAAAUACUGAGGAAGACUCUGUGUAACAAUGUUGUCCGUUCAACGGUUGACAAGUCUGUUAGAUACACUUUAAAGCAAGGAUGUAUCCAGACAGAAGAAGCAGACAUCUAUUUCCUAAUUGACCAUUCUGGGAGUAUUUAUCCAUCAGACUUUCAGGACAUGAAAAAGUUCGUUCUUGAGUUUCUGCUCAUGUUUAUUAUUGGACCAAAACAGGUCCGUGUGGGUGUGGUGAAAUUUGCAAGUAACCCAACACUAGAGUUUAGACUGAAUGAGUAUAAUGACAGAGCCUCUCUCGAAAGAGCUGUGGACAGCAUUCUGCAGAUAGGUGGAGGCACACAGACAGGACAGGCUUUGACUUUCAUGAGCCCACUCUUUAAGGAGGCUGAAAAGACUCGUGGCACUAAGGUUCAAGAGAUUCUCAUUGUCAUUACUGAUGGAAAGUCCCAGGAUGAAGUGAAAGAGCCAGCAGCACAGCUGAGAGCACAGGGGGUGACCAUCUAUGCCAUUGGAGUGAAAGACGCAAAUGAGCAGGAGCUCCUUGAGAUAGCAGCUGACCCAAAGAGGAUGUACUUUGUCACCAACUUUGAUGCACUGAAACCCCUCAAGAAUGAAAUCGUUACUGAUAUUUGUUCAGAUGAGGCCUGCAAGGACAUGUUGGCAGAUGUCAUCUUUUUGGUUGAUGGUUCAGGGAGCAUUGACCCUGAGGACUUCUCAAAGAUGAAGAAAUUCAUGAAUACCAUAAUUUCUAAGUCUGUAAUUGGCAAGGAUAGUGUACGGGUCGGAGUAGUGCAGUUCAGCUCAGACUCAAAUGCUGAAUUUCCCCUAAAAGAAUUUUCUGACAAGCUCCAGAUACAGCAGGAGAUAAAUAAAAUGCAGCAGCUGGGCGGUGGCACUAUGACUGGGGCUGCACUGAGUACUUUGUCAGAGUACUUUGAUCCACCAGAAGGGGGUCGUCCCGGCACUCCACAGAUCCUUAUUGUGAUCACGGAUGGUGAAUCUCAGGAUGCCGUUGCUGAGCCUGCACAAGCCCUCAGAAACAAGGGCAUUACAAUAUACUCCAUAGGAGUACUUAAUGCUAACAGCACACAACUGCGAGAGAUCAGCGGAACUCAGGACAAUGUUUAUCUGGAAAGAGAUUUUGAUUCACUGGACUUUCUACAUAAAGAUAUCUUACUUAAGAUCUGCACUUCUGUUGAUGAUUGCCAGAAAUCACAGGUAGCAGAUGUUGUCUUCUUAGUGGAUGAUUCCAGCAGCAUUACCCAUGAUGGCUUUAACAGUAUGAAGUUUUUCAUGAACUCAGUGGUGAACACUACACAGGUUGGAAAAGACAGUGUCCGUUUUGGUACUAUUCUUUACUCAGACACCCCUCAGACCAAAUUUCCCCUUAAUCAGUACUAUAGUAAACGAGAAGUGCGGGAUGCUAUAAGUAAUUUAAAGCAUCUUGGUGGGAACACAUACACAGCCAAGGCACUACUUUACUCACUGGACUACUUUAGUGGAGCCAAUGGUGGGAGAGGUGCAAAAGGUGUCCCACAGAUGCUGUUUGUCAUCACGGACGGUGAGGCCACAGACUCAUAUGAUUUACCCAAAGCUGCUAAUGAGCUUCAAAAAUAUGGAGUUAAUGUUUAUGGCAUUGGAGUGGCCAAUGCAAAAACAAGCGAGUUAGAAACCAUAACCAAAGACAAAAACAAGGUUUUCCUGGUUGAUGACUUUGAAGCAUUGAAGGCCCUGCAACAAAACAUUUCCAGUGUGAUCUGCAACAACACAAAACCAGAGUGUCAGAAAGAGGCAGCUGAUUUGGUCAUUUUGAUUGACGGGUCUGAAAGUAUUAAACAGGUGGCUUGGAAGACCAUGAUCAAUUUUAUGCUUAGCCUCAUUGACAAUCUUCGCAUCAAACAAGACCUCUUUAGAGUUGGUGUUGCUCAGUUUAGUUCAAACUACAGAAAGGAAUUUUACUUAAAUGCAUAUGAUGAUGAAGGGGAUGUGAAGAGGGCCAUUCAGACCAUCAUGCAAAUGAAAGAUGGAACAAACAUUGGAGCUGCUUUGAAUCAAGUUCAAGAGUUCUUCCACACCAGUAAAGGGAGCCGCAUUCAAGAUGGAAUUUCACAGAACCUGUUGUUGAUCACUGAUGGAGAAUCAAAUGAUGACGUCAAUGAUGCAGCUGAUAAAUUGAGAGGCAGGGGGAUUGAGAUGUUUGUGAUUGGAAUAGGUGAAAUCUCAGUCCCACAACUCAACUACAUUGCUGGGUCACCUGACAGGGUGUUUUUUGUGGACAAUUUUGACCACCUCAAAUUAAAUAGAACAACACAGGAGGUGAUCAAUAGCAUUUGUAAUCAACCACAAAAGCAAAAAGAGGGUUGCACUGUAGAUAUUGGUAUUGGAUUUGAUAUCUCCCGUGGUACCUCACAGUCACUAUUUAGUAGCCAAUAUAAGCUGCAGGCCUACUUGCCUGAGAUUAUCAGAUACAUCUCCACUCUGCACAACUUAUGCUGCCUACCCCAGCAGCCUGUUCUGCAAACCAACAUUGGAUUCCGUUUGGUUGCUAGCGAUGGCAAGAUACUGCAUGACAUUAGCUUUGAGCAAUACAAUGAAGGGACAGUGAAGAAAGUGAUGGGAUAUAAUAAGACUCAAGAUCUGGCCUUUAACACCCAGCUCCUGCGCUCUUUUCAGGAUAAGUUUGCUGCCUCUGGAGCAGGUAUAAAGGUAGUGAUCAUUUUCACUGAUGGCCUGGAUGUGUCUUUUGAUGGCCUCAUGGUUGCCUCAGAGAAUCUCAUGAAAAGUGGCGUCCAUGCACUGAUGACAGUAGCACUGGAAGGAGUCAAAAGCACCAAAGACCUACAGAAGCUGGAAUUUGGACGAGGAUUUGGCUCCAAUGAGCCUCUUAUGAUUGGCAUGCAAAAUGUGGCCAGUGCUCUGCAGAAGCAGAUUGAUGCUGUUGCCUCACGAGAGUGCUGUAAUGUGAUGUGUAAAUGUUCUGGUCAUGAAGGGAUGCGAGGACCUCGAGGACCUCCAGGGACAAAGGGCUUUCCUGGAAGGAAUGGACAUUAUGGAUUUCCAGGAGAAGAAGGAGGAAUUGGAGAGAGGGGGCCACCAGGUCUGAAUGGAACCCAAGGACAUCCAGGCUGCCAAGGGAAAAGAGGUCUAAAGGGUAAUAGAGGCUACAGGGGAGAUACAGGUGAAGAUGGAGAACAUGGUUUGGAUGGAGUAAAUGGAGAACAUGGUGUUACUGGAUUAGCAGGAUACCCAGGAGAGCCAGGAGAUCUAGGCAGCCCAGGCAAGAAGGGUGUCCGAGGAAUUCCAGGUAUUCGAGGACAAAAAGGACUGAGAGGUGAUCCGGGUGAGUCAGGCAUUCACAGCAAUAUCCGUGGUCCUAAGGGUGAGAUUGGAAACCCAGGCCUACCGGGUGAACCAGGGCUAGAUGGAAGCCCAGGCAUACCUGGAGAUACUGGCAGUCCUGGUCAAAAGGGAAGAAGAGGCGCUGCAGGCCCAACAGGUAUCAAUGGACCUCUGGGAGAACUGGGAUCAGUUGGAGCUCCAGGACCUCCAGGGUCACAGGGGACAAUGGGCCCUUCUGGUGUUCCAGGACAGAAAGGAAUACCUGGUUUUCCAGGACCACAGGGUCCACCUGGUGAACAAGGACUCAUAGGAUCUAAAGGAAGUGUAGGACCCAGGGGACAAAAGGGUCAACCAGGGGAACCUGGAAUUAAAGGAGCAGCUGGGCCACUAGGCCCCAGGGGCCUUCCGGGAAAUGACGGUUCAGAUGGAUAUGGGUUAUCAGGACCUAAAGGACAGAAGGGAGAUCCUGGUUUUCCAGGAUAUUCUGGACUUCAGGGUGAAAAUGGAGAUAUGGGGCGAAAUGGAGAUAAUGGUCCUAAGGGCCAGAGAGGAAGAGGGGGAAAUUCAGGCAGGCAGGGAGCACCGGGUAAUCCUGGUGAUGUCGGACCAGCUGGUCACAGGGGCUCUAAAGGACCAGCUGGAACCAGAGCAAUGUCUACUUGUCAAUUGAUCAACUACGUACGCGACAACUGUGUCUGCUGUAAAGAUAAAGCAGCUUGCCCUGUCUACCCCACUGAACUGGUGAUUGGUUUGGACAUGUCUGAUGACGUGACUCCUGCAUUAUUUGAUAGAAUGCGCUCAACUCUUCUUUCUCUGCUGGACAGCAUAGAUAUCACUGAAAGCAACUGUCCCACAGGGACACGAGUGGCUGUGGUCUCUUACAGUUCUAACACCAAGUACCUCAUCCGUUUUUCUGACCAUCGUCAUAAGAAGGACUUGAUUGAAGCUGUGAAGAACAUCCCUCUGGAACGUACAUCCAACAGACGCAACAUUGGUGCAGCCAUGCGCUUUGUGGGCAGAAAUGUCUUCAAACGUAUUCGUCAGGGUGUUCUGAUCAGGAAGGUGGCGAUCUUCCUCUCUGGUGGACAGUCCCAGGAUGUGACAUCCAUAACCACGGCUGUUCUAGAAUACAAGGCUCUGGAUAUAAACCUUGGUGUCAUUGGUUUUAGGGAUACUCCUAAUGUUCAGCGUGCUUUUGAGGCUGAUGAGACAGGAAGCUUUAUUAAUGUUCUGGAGAGAUCAGAGUCCCAGAGUGCAGCACUGGAGAAGAUUCAGCGAUGUAUCAUCUGUUUUGAUCCUUGCAAUCCAGCUAGAGAUUGUCCCAGCCCCAGUGAGUUGAUCAUUCCAGAGCAGGUAAAUGUGGACCUGGCGUUGCUGGUGGAUGGUUCCCACAGCAUCCAGGCAGAUCAGUAUGAGGGAGUGAAGCAGGUGUUGGGCACUGUGUUGGACCAGCUUGUAGUGAGUCGUCAGCCCAGCAAAGCUGACAGACAGGCACGGGUGGCGCUUUACCAGCAGAGUUCAUCAUACAGAGAGGCCCAGGCUCCAGUCAAGCAGAUCUUCACUUUCCAGCAGUUCCAAGACCGCAACCUGAUGAAGCAGAGCAUCUUCGAAAAUCUACAGCAGACUGGUGGCUACUCCAGGCUGGGUCAUGCCAUGGAAUUCGUAAUCAUGCAGGGUCUUCUCACUGUUUCCAAGCCUCGAAAAAACAAGAUGGUGCUGCUUAUAGUUGGAGGAGAGACCGAAUAUUCUGAUAGAGCAAAACUGGACUUUAUCUCCAUGAAAGCAAAGUGUCAGGGUGUGGUGCUUUUCACUCUUAUAGUCGGGGAUCGUUUUAACAGCACUCAGGUGGAAGAGCUUGCCAGCUUUCCCACAGAGCAGCACAUAGUUCACUUGGGCCAUGUAAAGCAAGGAGAACAAGAGUACACUCGGCGCUUCAUAAGGACUUUCCUACACAUUCUGAGCCGGGAAAUGAACACCUACCCUGCUCCAUUGCUCAGACAACAGUGUGAGGAUUCUCAGCAACAGCAAGGUCAAGUCAAUGUCCCUGAUGUCUUUGAGGCUGCUAAGAGACCACCCAUUCACAGAUUUCCUCUCCCAAUAUUGACUUAUUCUGAGAAUACAGAGACAGAAGAAUUGGAGGAGAAGGAAGAAUACAUAUUGUACACUGAACAGAGAGGGCCACAAAUGAAGUGUAAAAAUGGGGACCUGCUGACUUCGGGACGUGGAGAUUCAAGUGCCCAGUGUUUACUGCAUAAGGACAGGGGCACAGUGUGUGGGAAAUAUGUCCAAAGGUGGUACUAUGAAAAAAAACUUGGUGCAUGCUUACGCUUCUUGUAUGGUGGUUGUGAUGGCAACAGCAACCGAUUUAGUACGGAAACUGAAUGCUACAAGACAUGUGUCAUGAAUAACACAGAUGUGUGCUUCCUGAAAAAAGAUGGUGGGCCCUGCAGAAAUUAUGUACUCAAAUGGUACUAUGAUCAAGAGAAGAAUCGAUGCAUUCAAUUCUGGUAUGGAGGAUGUGAUGGGAACCCUAACAGAUUUGACAGUGAAAAGGACUGUGAAGCCUGCUGUGUGGAGCUUCCUAUUGUACAGUGACUUUUACAAAUUACUGAUAAUACUAACAGCAGUUACACUCACACUUUUUCUCAGUUUUUAUAUGAAAUAGUGGCACAGCGGGAUAUUUCGCCCAAAUAACCUACACAUGUUAAACCACAAGUGAUAGCAUUUAAGUUUUCAAUAUUCUACUGAUGGUGGCAUUUUCAUAGUUGCUGCUGACAAAUGAUGUUCAUCUGACACUGUAGCUUUAUAAAAUGAAAUGUGACUGACUGGAAUUAAUUUUUCAGUUCAUCAUGAAAGAAACAUUAGUAACAGAAUGAAGUAUAUGGUACUGUAUUAAAUUUUCUAUGUAGUUACAAUUUUAAUUAGAUUAUAUAUAUAAGACUAUUUCACACAUUGUAAUAGCAUAUUUACUGCUAAUCUUUAUAUCAUAAUACUGAUAACCAAAAUCAGCAGCCCUAAUCAGUAUAAUAAUCCACCUACAUUUAAAACUGCUUACCACUCUGGUUUGACUUUGAGUGUUCACAUUUCCAGAUGUUCACUAUGUUGUCUUUAGAAGGUGAUUAUGAAUGUAGGAAUAGUCUCCUUUUGUCACCACAGGUCUCGCUUCCCAUGUCAUUUGGAGCAUUCAUUCAUUCACUCAUUCACUCAUUUGUUCAUCAGUAACUGCUUUAUCCUGAUCAUGAUUGUGGUGCAAGGUGGGAAUACGCCAUGGAUGGGAUACCAGCAGGAUACCACACACAUAUGUAUACACAUUAACAACCUAAGCUCAACAUCAACCCUGGGACCCUGGAGCUGUGAAGUAGCCUGCACCACUGUGUCGUCACACAUUUGGAACAAUUGGGCCAUGCCGGUAGGUGGAUUGGCUACAGUAAAACUGCCCUUAGGUAUGAAUAAGUAUGUGAGUGUGUGUGCAUAGGGAUCUGUAGACUGGGGUCCCAUUCAGGGUGUCUCCAUCUUGUGCCCGGUGUUCCCGUUAAAGGCUCUGGAUCCACCACAACCAUGACCAGGCUAAAGCGGUUACUAAAUAUGAAUGAAAGAGUGAAGAAAUUAUAAUAGUGUGCGUAACAUGUGUAGUGGCAUUCAUAUGAUGAUUAAAGUAAACAGUCUGUUAUAGAUUGUUAAUGUGGAAUGUCGAAAAAUAAAGCCCCCUAUACUGAG